UAGCAAAGCUUUUGUAGAACCUCCCGUAUUGAAGUUUUUCUUUCUUUCUUCCUCAAGUGUCUGAUCUCAAAAGCACAUACAUUGAUUAAACCUGUGCAUAUGCUUUGAAACAACACAAAAAAAAGUCGGAAUCACAGCCAUCGAUGGACUUGGAUAGUCUCAAAGCCGAGGUCGCAUCAUUCUCUUCCUCUAUCGGCUUGGCUUCCUCUCUGCCUUCUUCGGGUUUCAACGACACUGAUUUCCGGAAACCCGGAAAAUCCCAGACCCAGAAACGGAAAAAGCCUAAGAAGGACGGCUCUGAUCAGAAGAAGAACCAGAACGAGGUUACUCAGGGAGACGCAAGGAAGCCGAAAUCGAACAUUGGAGAUAAAGCUGGCAAGCAUUUGGGUGCGAGGAAGCAGACCCCUAAAGAUACGGCGGCGAAACAAACCGUGAAUCCGAAGCCAAAGCCUGAUUUUUUAUCGAUUGACGAUGAGAACACCGGCUUUAAGGCGAAACGUUUCGACAAGUUCAAGACUUUGCCUAAGCUACCAUUGGUGAAAGCGAGUUUAUUGAGCUCGGAGUGGUAUAAUGAUGCACAGGAGCUGGAGGAGAAGGUCUUUAGUGGAGGAGAUCACCGGAAAGUGGCGGUGACGAACAAGGAGGAUUUGAUGGGUGUGGUGGAGAAGAAGAGGGAGCUUGGAGAGAGAUUGAUGUGGCAAUACGCAGAGGACUUUGUAACAUCGAAAGGGAAGAGCGGUGACAUGAAGAUGGUGAUUUCUGCACAAAAGUCAGGGACAGUAACUGAUAAAAUCACUGCCUUUGAGAUCAUGGUCGGAGAGAACCCCAUUGCAAAUAUGAGGUCUCUUGAUGCCUUAUUGGGAAUGGUGACCUCAAAGGUUGGAAAGCGAUUUGCAUUUAGGGGUCUUAAGGCUCUAUCAGAAAUUUUGAUCAGGCUGUUACCUGAUCGCAAGCUAAAGACACUUUUGCAGCGACCCUUAAACAGCAUUCCGGAAAAUAAGGAUGGUUACUCGCUAUUGCUAUUUUGGUACUGGGAGGAAUGCUUGAAACAGAGGUAUGAGCGCUUUGUCACCGCUCUUGAUGAAUCAUCUAAGGAUAUGCUCCCAGAGCUAAAAGACAGGGCUUUAAAGACUAUAUAUUUCAUGUUGACAAGCAAAUCAGAACAAGAGCGGAAAUUGUUGGUGUCAUUGGUGAACAAGUUGGGGGAUCCUCAAAACAAGAGUGCAUCUAAUGCUGAUUUUCACCUGACGAAUCUUUUGGCUGAUCAUCCUAAUAUGAAGGCUGUGGUGAUUGAUGAAGUUGACUCCUUUCUCUUUCGUCCUCAUCUUGGGUUACGUGCAAAGUAUCACGCCGUUAACUUUCUGAGUCAGAUUCGAUUGAGCCACAAAGGAGAUGAUCCAAAGGUUGCAAAACGCCUAAUUGAUGUAUAUUUUGCUCUCUUUAAGGUUUUAACCACAGAAGCAAAUAGGAAACCAGGCGCAGAUGGCAAAGUGGCUGAUAAGAAAAAUGCCAAACCAAAUGACACGAAACAAGAGGAGUCCUCUGAUUCACCUGUUGAAUUGGAUUCCAGAAUUUUAUCAGCUCUACUGACGGGAGUUAACAGAGCGUUUCCAUAUGUUUCCACUGACGAGGCCGAUGAUAUAAUUGAAUCCCAGACGCCGGUGCUUUUUAAACUGGUACACUCGAAGAAUUUCAAUGUGGGAGUUCAAUCACUGAUGCUUCUUGACAAGAUCUCAUCUAAGAAUAAGAUUGUCAGUGACAGAUUUUACCGUGCAUUGUACUCAAAACUUCUACUUCCCUCCGCAAUGAAUUCUUCCAAGGCUGAAAUGUUUAUUGGGCUUCUUCUCAGAGCCAUGAAAAACGAUAUAAAUGUGAAGCGUGUGGCUGCCUUCUCCAAAAGAGUCUUGCAGGUUGCACUUCAGCAGCCACCACAGUACGCCUGUGGGUGCCUUUUCCUUCUGUCUGAGGUGCUAAAAGCAAGACCGCCUCUAUGGAAGAUGGUGGUCCUGAGGGAAUCAGUUGAGGAAGAAGAAGAUGUAGAACAUUUUGAGGAUGUGAAAGAGGAAGACGAUAUUGAUCCCAAUAAAGAAGCAGAGAAAGAAGGGAAUGAUGUUGAAGUUGAUCAUGACGGUGACGGUGGCAAACUCACAAGUAGAGAUGAUGAUGCUUCUUCGGAUGACGAAGAGGCCUUGGCGGUCAGGCAAUCUGAUGAAGAAGAUGAUUAUGCUUCUGAUGAUGAGGAGGAGCUAUUCAUUAAAGAAACGCCCCAUGAGCUUGAAGAAACCAUGGAGGUUUCUAAUGAUAGCGAAAGAAGAAACCAACCGCCAUUAAAAUCAAGUUGCCUUCCUGGAGGAUACGAUCCUCGCCAUAGAGAACCUUCUUACUGUAACGGAGACCGUGUGAGCUGGUGGGAGUUGGUGGUUCUUUCUUCACACGCCCACCCCUCAGUUGCUACAAUGGCUGGAACCCUUCUCUCAGGAACUACUAUAGUUUACAACGGAAACCCAUUGAACGAUUUAUCUCUAAGUGCUUUCUUGGAUAAAUUCAUGGAGAAGAAACCAAAGCAAAACACCUGGCAUGGUGGCUCUCAGAUCGAACCUUCCAAGAAGCUUGACAUGUCAAACCAUAUGAUUGGAUCUGAGAUUCUUUCGUUAGCAGAAGAAGAUGUGUCUCCUGAAGAUCUAGUCUUCCACAAGUUCUAUGUGAACAAAAUGAACAGUACAAAGCCAUCAAAGAAAAAGAAGAAGAAAAAGAAGCUACCUGAAGAAGAAGCUGCUGAAGAACUUUACGAUGUGAAUGAUGGUGAUGGUGGCGGAAACUACGAUAGUGAUGUUGAAUUCGAGGCUGGUGAUGAGAGUGACAAUGAGGAGAUUGAGAAUAUGUUGGAUGAUGUUGAUGAUGAUGCUGUGGAAGAAGAGGGUGGUGAAUAUGAUUAUGAUGAUCUGGAUAGAGUAGCCGGCGAUGAUGAUGAAGAGCUUGCGGCUGAUGUGAGUGAUGCAGAAAUGGACACAGACAUGGACAUGCUUGAUGGUGAAGAUGUUGAUGACGAUGUUGAUGAAGAUGUUGAGAAUGAUGGUGAUGAUGAUAGUGAUGGUGAUGAUGAUGGUGGUAAGAAGAAAAAGCAAGAAAAAAGAAAACGGAAAUCUCCAUUUGCGAGUCUUGAAGAGUACGAGCACUUGAUAGACCGAGACGAGAAGGAUGAUUCAAAGUCUAAGAAAAAAGUAACCUCAGAGCCCAAAAAGAAGAAAAAGAAGAAGACCAAAGCAUCAGAGUAAAAUUCGUUGCUUGCUAUGCAAGGCCCUUUUGUUGUUGAUUAUUAUUAUACCGAAAUGCUGGAGAUAAUUACUCCAAUUUUGUGACAUUUAUUUUUUUUUUGUUUCUUCUACUUUAUAUUUUGAGUAUCUUUGGAAAAAACAUUGUACGAUUAUGUUUUAAUUUAAUCACUUAAGACCAUUU